ACAUCUCAUAUUCACAAUAGCCAUAGUUUAGCCACUGCCUGAACCCUCAACCCCUCUUUCUCUUCUCUUCUCUCCCCACCNCCCCCCCCCCCCCCACACCUUCUGUCCGUUCCUGCGAAACCUUCACAACGUGGAUUCAUUUCGUUAUUUGUACGAUUUUGAUGGACUUUGUGGUUGAUGAUCACGUCAGUGGUGAUGAGGAAGAGGGCACAGUUGUGGAACUCAGAACAGUAGAUGAAAAUUUGAUUGGAGGAAGUUCCAGUGAGGAGGCACUUCAUCAGGUGCAUGAUGUCAAGGUGGAUGAAGACCUUCCUGAAAGGGAAGACCUUUUAUUAGAAGAAGCACAAUCUCUAAAUAAUUCAACUUCAGAUGAACCUUUCGUUGGCCUGGAGUUUGAAUCUGAAGCUGCAGCACAUGCAUUUUAUAAUGCAUAUGCAACAAGGGUGGGUUUUAUCAUCCGGGUUAGCAAGCUUUCGCGAUCUAGGCGCGAUGGCUCCGCCAUUGGUCGAGCGCUUGUUUGCAACAAGGAGGGUUUUAGAAUGCCUGAUAAGCGGGAAAAGAUUGUACGACAGCGAGCAGAGACUAGGGUUGGUUGCAGAGCAAUGAUAUUAGUUAGAAAAAUAAGCUCUGGAAAAUGGGUUGUCACAAAAUUUGUCAAGGAGCACUCUCAUCCAUUGUGCCCAGGCAAAGGUCGUAGGGACUUGAUCUAUGAUCAAUAUCCGAAUGAGCAUGACAAAAUCCGGGAGCUAUCUCAACAACUGGCAGCUGAGAAAAAGCGAUCUGCAACAUAUAAGAGGCAUUUGGAAAUGAUAUUCGAGCACAUUGAGGAGCACAAUCAAUCUUUGUCCAAGAAGAUCCAAGAUAUUGUACACAAUGUAAGGGAGUUGGAGUCCAGAGAUCAACAUCAUCAUAGAUAGUUUUAGCUUAAUUUGCCUUUGUUGAUAUUAGUGUAGAACCUAAGUUCAGUAAAGAUCAUAAUGAUUAUUGUCUUG